AUGCUAGGACUGGUCUCUAGUAUGAAAAACCUUAAAGGUAUGGGACGUCGAGCAAAAUGGCCAAGAAAGGUGCGUCAACAUAGGAAUACGCCUUCCUCAAUACCGCGCGACCUUACAUUUCCCAUCAUCACCCUGAAUCCCGGUGCGGCGGCGAUGAUGCACUUUCCAUCCGCCCCGACGCCGACGAGACAAGACACUCUCCACGAUGAACACCCGCUAACAUACUUUCUCAAUGCAGCGAAGUCUCGCACCAUUGCCGUCCGGCUCAUCUCCAUGGCCAUGACCGGCUAUUAUCGCACAAUGAUCCGCCCCCGUAUCCACCGCCCCCUCUCCAUGCUCAAGUACGACCCCGUCGUGAAGAAGAAGGUCCUUUUCCUCGAAGCGACGAAGGGCGGCAAGGCGAAAUAA